AUGGUCUGCUACGGGCCCUUCCCUGCCGCCGCCGGGGAUGGCGGGGGCUGCCUGCCCCUGCCGAUUGUAGCGGCUGAGGGCGCGCUGGCUGUCCUGGAUGGCGCCAUUGCGACCGCGGCCUUCGUGCAGCUAGCAAGGAUUCACAGGCACAACCAGCUACAAGGAUGGACUCGGCAAAAGGCUAUCAAUUCCGGUGUUCAUCAAAUCCAGAAGGUUUCUAUUGAUGAACCUAGGCAUCCUGCAAACAGUUCCAGAAGCAUUCCAGCUCAAGCUAACGUGGGUCUGACUUCCCAAGGUGAUCGCCUCAUUCCACCCCCAAACACUUGUUCCCGCCGCUACUUCAGGUGCUUAAGUCCUAGACACCUUGUCAGAAACUGCCUAAGUAAAAUUGGUUGCUUGUUCUGCCACAAUUACGGUCACAAGGCCAAAUUAUGUGCUAAAAGGCGUGAGGCAUUUAAUCUCAAAUGGGUUCAAAGGACUAGUAAGCCUUUUCUAAUUGUUGUGCCAAGUAAUACAGUGGCUGAGCCGGUUAUUCAAUGGGCACCUAGACCCAAUGCUCCAUGUGACAUUUUGCUCCCCACCGUUCCCAUCCCAAUCGAACAUGUGCCAAGCACCCCUCUCCCUUCAGAGCUCCAAGCACCAGAACCAAGAGAUCCGGUAGUGCCAGGAGAAGCUCAGCACAUGGCUCAAAUUGUAGAUCAUGUAAUGGAUGAUCUGGAUGACUUCUCAGCUUCCCACAGGAUACUUCAAGUAGGACCUAGAGCUGAAAGAGUCAUGGAACUGGAGCACAGGCAAUUUCGAGGUACUGUAUUUGGCCAGAAUCAAGGCAUACUUGUCCUUCCUGCAGCUGUCAACUCACCUGAGGUUCAAUCUGAUAAUCAAAGGGACAGAGACCAGAGAGUUAUAACCACCAAUUUCCUUGUUGAUGGUCUUAGGCAGCUAUUAAACAACCAAAGGGCAGUUGGCCCUUCACGUCUAUGUGGAAGCAUCACAACCCCAAGCUUCUUAUUUCAAAUUGACCUCUCGGCUUUGAGCAUAAACUCUCUCCAAAUUGCAAUCAAUGUCACUAGUCAGAGUUCCAUUCUGCCUCAAAACAUGAAUGCAGGACCUCUACAGAUCACCCAAAUCAGCGAAAAUUGUCAGCCUGUUUCAAACAGUUCAGCGGAACAUGCAAGAGCUGGUCCUAUCACAAAAGUGUACUUUAGGAGAAGGGCUAAGACCAAGAGGCAAGUUUCUAUCGAGCAGCCAACACAAGUUAGGGUGUUUCCUGCCAUCCCCAAAGACUUUGUUCUCAAAGAUCAACAACUCUCUUUCGACAAUAUGGAAAUUGUGCCAUGGAAGCCUACUAGAGCAGCCCUGGCACUGUAG